UCCGCUAAAUCCGUGUCGCGCAGCCGAGACAACCGGGUCUCGCAAUCACAAGUUUAUCCGGAGUUUUAGUGAUUAAUUUGUGCUUAAUCAACAAUGAAAUGGAAGCCGCCCAGGUAUUUCCUCGGUUUAACGGCCUUCGGGUCAUUUGCUGGAGGAAUCGUCCUGUUCAAAGAGGUACUUAGCGGAGGUAAUUAUCAAGGAGCAGAGAGAUUAGAAGGAAAAACCGUCAUCAUCACGGGUGCAAACACAGGAAUCGGAAAAGAAACGGCAACUGAGAUGGCCAGGAGAGGUGCCAGAGUCAUAAUGGCAUGUAGGGAUAUGGAAAAAUGUAAAGAGGCAAGGAAGGAAGUCGCGUUAGCAACCUUCAACAAAUCGUUAUACUGCCAGGAGUGUGACCUUGCUUCCCUGGAGUCCAUCAGAAAAUUUGCUGAGAGAAUUAAAAAAAAGGAGGACCAAGUAAACAUACUGAUAAACAAUGCUGGAGUGAUGCGCUGUAAAAAGUCGUUCACGGAGGAGGGUAUAGAACUACAGUUAGGGACAAACCACAUGGGACACUUUCUCCUCACGAACCUGCUUCUGGACAAGCUCAAGGCCUCUGCACCAAGUCGCAUCAUCAAUGUGUCUAGUGUAGCACAUAUGAGGGGUAGCAUCAAAUUUGACGAUUUGAAUAGCGAAAAAAAUUACGAUGAAGGGGAUGCUUAUGCACAGAGCAAACUCGCCAAUAUUCUCUUCACUAAAGAAUUAGCUGACAGGUUACAAGGAACUGGGGUAACUUGCAAUGCUGUCCACCCAGGGAUUGUCCUAACGGAGAUUGGGAGACACAUGAGCAUAUAUAAAAGCUGGAUUGCAGCCAUGUUCUUGAAGCCACUGCUUUGGGUCUUCUUGAAAACUCCUCGCCAGGGAGCUCAAACCACCAUCUACACAGCUCUUAGCACUGACCUCGAAGGAGUCAGCGGGAAAUAUUUUAGCAACCAGAAGGAGGCAGCAGUCUCAGAGGCAGCAAUGGAUAAGGAAGCAGCCAAACGAUUAUGGGCCAUUAGUGAACGCUGGACAAGGCUUAUUUAAUGCUUGUUCAGCCUAUCUUAUCAGUGGUUUUUGUAAACUAUUGUAUAUUGUAAAUAGAGUGUGGGAGAUUUUGAGAGAA